CCAUCUCAAAGAUAUCAAAAUCGUCAAAUUAUUUAAUUUUGAAAAAUAGAAAUUCGACCGUUGCUAUCUCCAUUCAAAUUCCCACUUUGGCACAGUUAGAUUCGGUCUCAUAGAACCCUAAACACUCAUUUCCCCCAAAUUCCAUCUACUUCUAGCGAUCUGAGAGUCUUUCACUACGAUGCAAGAUUUCUUCGGAUCUGUUCGUCGAUCCUUGGUAUUUCUAGCUCCCGACGGUGACGACGGUGGGAGGUUCGGUGGCCUUGUUGAGAAGAUCGGCUCUAGCAUCCGUAAAUCUCGAAAUGGACUGUUCUCUAAGCAGUCACUCCGGGCUCUGCCUCCGGUUGCGAAGGAAGAUGGGCCUCCGAUUUGGUGGCGGAAGGGAGAGUUGAUUGGAUGUGGUGCUUUUGGUCGAGUUUAUAUGGGAAUGAAUCUCGAUUCUGGAGAGCUUCUUGCAGUCAAACAAGUCUCAAUUGCUGCUAAUAGUGCUUCAAGGGAGAAAGCCCAAGCUCACAUACGGGAGUUGGAGGAAGAAGUGAGGCUUUUGAAGAACCUUUCUCAUCCCAAUAUUGUGAGAUAUCUGGGAACUGCUAGAGAGGAAGAUUCAUUAAAUAUUCUAUUGGAGUUUGUUCCUGGAGGAUCAAUAUCAUCUCUAUUAGGGAAAUUUGGGUCAUUUCCUGAGUCUGUUAUAAAGACCUACACGAAGCAGCUAUUAUUGGGGCUUGAGUACCUUCACAAAAACGGCAUCAUGCAUAGGGAUAUAAAGGGUGCAAAUAUUCUUGUAGACAAUAAGGGGUGUAUUAAACUUGCAGAUUUUGGUGCAUCCAAGAAAGUGGUUGAGCUGGCUACUAUAAAUGGAGCCAAAUCAAUGAAGGGUACUCCAUAUUGGAUGGCUCCUGAAGUUAUUCUCCAGACUGGACAUAGCUUCUCUGCUGAUAUAUGGAGUGUGGGGUGUACUGUUAUUGAAAUGGCAACAGGGAAACCUCCAUGGAGCCAACAGUAUCAAGAGGUUGCUGCUCUUUUCCAUAUAGGGAAUACUAAGUCCCAUCCGCCCAUUCCUGAGCAUCUAUCUGCUGAGGCUAAAGAUUUUCUGUUAAAAUGUCUACAAGAGGAACCAAACUCAAGGCCUACUGCAUCAGACUUGCUGCAGCAUCCAUUUGUCUCAUGUGAGUACCAAGAACCUAUUGCAUCAGUCCGUGCCUCUUCUAUGGAAUCUGGGAAACAAAUGGCUGAUUCUAGGCUGAACUCUAAUGAUCUGAAAAAGUCUACAAUCCUACGUUCAACCUGUGAGGGACUGAAGGAUAUUUGUGAAAUGGGUAGCUUGAGGUGCUCUUCUGUAUUUUCUGGGAACUAUGGGUCACGGUCCAACUGGGGUUCGAGCAAUUUUGAGGAUGACAUGUGCCAGAUAGAUGAUAAAGAUCUGUUUGCUAGUUCAUCAAUGAAGUACAAUUCUAUUAUAUCAUCAAAUGAUUUGAACAAGAGUUUCAAUCCUAUGUGUGAACCCACUGAUGACUUGGAUGAGAGUUCAGAGUUGGGAGGCAAUCUGAUGGAAUUGUCCAGCGUCCAAACUGUCAAGGGGAAUGACUCCACUUCUCCAUGUGGUCAGUCAGCAGCUGAGGAUGACGAAGAGGUUACUGAAUCAAAGAUUAAAGCCUUCCUGGAUGAGAAGGCUCUAGAACUGAAGAAGCUCCAAACACCUUUAUACGAAGAGUUCCGCAGCACAGUUAAUGCAGCUAAUGCCAUAGGAGGAACAGUUGGAGUUGAGAAUAUCAAGAGUGUGUCUAAUUUUUUGAAAUUGCCUCCCAAAUGUGGAUCACCAAGUAAGCUGCGUGGUAAAAGACUCUCAUCAGUUGAUGUUGGUAACUAUUCUAGCCGUCAGAGCCGUAUAAAACAAGCUAGUAUAUUGCAAGAUCGAGCUCUGCAGGAAAUCCAGUCACCUCAACUUGGGGAAUGGAACAAAUUACUUCAAAACCAGCCAGACUCUUCCACACUAAGGUUUUUCUCUGAAAGACAAAGGAAAUGGAAAGAGGAACUUGAGGAAGAACUUAAAAGGAAACGAGAAAUGAUGCGGAGAGGAAUUGUAGGAGCAAUUCACUAGAACCAUCAUCUUCAAAGGAUCAAAGAGUAAGAACAACAAAAUUCACGGUGAAUCUCACUCGCACAUCCCCUGGCAGUAAAAUAGUGUGUAGCCCAUUGCUCUAUGCAGGGGAUACAAAUACAAGUGCCUUCUCAUCGUUGCAAUUGUUAGAAAUGUAUGUACAUCACCAGCAAUGUUCAGAAAAGGGGUGGGUGCGGUUCAGUCUCUCAGCACAUAGCACAAUCUCACAGGGAAGUCCAGGCAAUUUCAACUGGGAAAACCUGAUAAGUCAUACAUAUUUACACUUCUUUCAUUUAAUUAUUAAUAUUUGCAUCCUCCUCCCCCAUCUCACCAGCUUUCCACAUUCCCACCCCGCCACACGUCGGCAGUUCCUGUUAUCUUCUAUGUAAUUGGUGAAAUUUUGUGGCUAGGGGAGAGUCUUUCUCGGUUGAUGUUGUUCCAAGUGUGACAAAGUAGUAGAGUUUCUAUUUGACAUGUA